AUGGCUCCUGUGAGCGGAGAUCAGGAGCGAUCCUCGACGGAGGUGAGGGUGCCUGGAGACACUCAGGCCGAAGGCAGUCACGGGACAGAGAUCGAGGUCUCUAGAAUCCUCAAGAGGUUUGAAGACGCGCUGAAGAAGGCAGAGGAGACGCCGGAGAAGGUUAUGACCCUCCAGAAGAAGCUGGACUUGGCAGAGCAAGAUGCCAAGACCGCCGGCAUCCGAGCCGACGAGGCGGCCAAGCGCGAGACUCGGAAUCGGGCGGAACACGCCAAGCUCCUACAGGAGUCGGAUGAGCAGAACAAGAAGCUGUCCAGGGAACACGAGAAGCUCCAGGCAGAGUAUAAGGAAAUGAGCGAGAGCAAGCACAAGCUGUUUGUAGAGAACAUGACCCGCAGGAUCACCAAUGAGUCAUUCGCCGACGCCAUGAAAGAGUUCUCUAUUGUUGAGGAGAAAUUGAAUCAGGCGACAAAGGAGAGAACGGAUCUCGCCGAGAAGUUGCGCCAAGCCGAGACGGCGCGUGGAGAGGCGGACAACGAACUGGCCCGUCUGAAAGAGACGCUGACCUCGAUAGAGGCUGAGCGAGAUUUGGCAAAGGCCGAGUUGGACAAGGUGAGAGAAAAGCUGACAUCGACGGAGGCUGCGCGGGACUCGGUAACGACCGAGCUAGAGGGGUUGAGAUCAACAGUAGCCUCAAUAGAGGUUAUGCGAAAUUCAGCAAUAGCUGAGGUGGACCAGCGCAGGGAGGAGCUGUCUAGUUCGCAGAAAGAUGUGAGCAAAGAAAGGCUCGAAGUGCAGGGCCUCACCACUGUGCUGAAAGGUCUCAAGACGGCUGUCGAGGCGAUAAAAGCACGGCCAAAUAGCACUGGAAGCGCGGAGUCUGACUGGCAAAAGGCCGUGGAACUGCUGGCAUCACGACUGAACGCGUUCAAUAUCUUCGACGACGGUCGCCAUCUCACACAUUCGUCAGUCAUCCACGAAGUUGGAAUGGCAAUCGUGCGGGACGCGGAAUUCGAUAAGCUAAGGAGGUUCGUCGCGACUAUGGAGGUCAACGCGACCUAUUGUUUUUGGCAGGUGGUAGAGGCUGAGGAGGGAGACGAGAUCAUCAGACUGGAAAGCUCCAAGGCAACGUGCCCCUUGCACACGAUGGAGAAACGCCUCAGCAAGAGUGACAAAUGUCUCAGAUUCAAACGUAUAGUUCGCAAUGGCGACAGACAGCUCAUCGUGGGAAGAAAGACGAAGCAGACCACAGCUGUGUAG